CUUCUUCUUUCUUCAUUCUUCUGCUCAUUCCUCAUCGCAUUCUCAUUCUGCAUCUGCAUCUCGCUCUUUCUUUUUCUUUUGCGAAGAAACAGGGCGUGUUUGUGCCUUAGCGUUCAUAAUUUAAUUUCGUCUUCCAGCCAUUGAAGCACUGACCUCCACAAAAUGGAUCCCCUCGAAUACUAUGCUCUCCUCAAGCUGGUUGAUGCUCCCGGUAUAGUGCCUGGCAAAGGUCCAGCCUGCCAGUAUGUUCAAACACCGUUGGUUUCCGCGCCCAAUGCCUCCACCCCGACAUGGGGAUGUCCUGCAGGGCACUUCUGUAUUUCGCCAAAACACUCAGCUCCCUGCACGCCAGGAUUCUAUUGUCCUUCAAAUACAGCUCAGCCUAUGUAUUGUUGCCCGGGCUAUUAUUGUUCGAACGACACGACGACCAUGACCUUGUGCCCCCAGAACCAGUACUGUCCCGCAGGAUCCGUCGGAGGAGGUACAUCGUGUCUAUGGCUGGCGUCUUGCCCUGCAGGUAGCAGCUCUGCUUCUAAGUUCGGUCUAAUUCUCUUUGUCCUGGUCCUCGUUGUCGGCAUAUGCAUCGUCUUUUAUAUCCAUAAACGUAUCUUACGCGUCAGGACAUACCAUCUCGAGAAACGACUGCGAUGGAUCCAUAACCAUAAUACCGGUCAUGACAACCUGCUGCUCGCGGACGAGGCUGAUCUGGAGGACGACCGGGACGACGAAAGCGAGGAAAGCGGAAGCCAGGAACAGGUGAUUCAGAUCGAUGGGGAGAACGGCAAAACUGGGUCUGUGUCGCUGGAUUCGGACAAGACAGCGGCUGAAGCAGCACCCCCAGCGAGACCAAAACUUAGAAGAAAAAUCACCAGGGUUACGCAGACGUUUGACAUCGAGUUCGAGCACUUGGGUCUGACGUUGUCCAAUGGAACCACUAUUCUGGAGAAUAUAUCUGGACAUCUAAGGAAUGGAAGAACCUGCGCCAUCAUGGGUCCAUCUGGUUCCGGAAAAACCACGCUCAUUUCUAUGUUGACUUCCAAGAUCCCUAAGGACGAGGGUCGUAUUCUGAUCAAUGGACAGGAGGAAGAGCUGAGUCAUUACCGUAAACUAAUUGGAUAUGUGCCCCAGGACGACAUCAUGUUGCGCGAACUGACCGUCCACGAUGUCUUGCUGCACUCUGCCUACAUGCGAUUGCCUGCCAAACUGACCCGGUCUCAGAUGACGGAAAAGGUGCUCGAGAUCGUCGACUUCUUGGGCUUGAACUCAGUCAUGGAUUCGGCUGUCGGAGACGCGGAGAAGAGAGGCAUUUCGGGAGGUCAAAGAAAGAGGGUCAAUAUUGGAAUGGAACUGGUUACAGAUCCAAGUAUCUUGUUUUUGGACGAACCUACCUCGGGCCUGGACUCGAGUACCAGUGGAGAUGUCUGCAGGCUACUCAAGUCGAUUGCGCGGAAGAAGGGAUUGACGGUCGCUGCUGUUAUUCACUCGCCUUCACCUGUGGCGUUCGACCAGUUUGAUGAUCUAUUGCUUCUGGGGCACGGUGGCCGCGUGGUAUAUCACGGACCUCGAACAGAGGCAUCGGCGUAUUUCGCAGCUAUCGGAUUCCCGGUCCCCAAAGACUCGAGUCCAUCGGAUUUCUACAUGGAUGUAAUUUCGAAUAAUGUCAAGUCCAAGUUCACAAAAAAGUUUAAGCCCUUCUGGUUGUACCGGUACUGGGAGUCCUACUGCAAGCGCGCCCAGUGUUUCUACGCGGAUCCCAACACAGGAGUCGAGUACAGGCACCCUCCAUCGCAUGGCUCGGGUACAUCUUCGCCUCACUUUAAUCCCCGUGCCUCUGCAUACUCGAGCCUGAACCAGUCCGCGAUGUCGAUCCAGCAACAGGGACAUGGAAAUUCGGAAUCCUUGGCGAUGACUAAUUUAAACGAGUCUUCCUUGUUGGGGCUUCCUUCUGCAGCACAGAGCCCUGGCGUGGCUUCCAAUUCCUCGAACUCACUUCACCCUUCAUCCGCAUCGCAAGGUCAGGAUAAACGCCAUAGUCGCCAUAAGAGUGUGACAAUGCUUCUCAGCUCCACCCACGGAUCGGCACCCUCGACACCUCGCGCCUCGAUAGCAUUAUCGGAUUUCCAUUCCAUGUAUGAUAGUCCACCCCUGCCUGAUAAGCUGGGAUGGGCCGAGGCCCUCAAGAAGACGUUCCGGGUCUUUAUCAUCGACAGCCGUAUGUGGUGGCACGGAGUCUUCGCAGAGACUAAGGAGACGAUCCUGGGAUUGUUCCUCAAACGUCGAGACCCGAUCCGUAAUACUGCCUCGCCGUUCAAGAUGUUCUGGCUCUGUCUGUCUCGAGCGCGUCUACAGAUUUAUAGGAACCAGCGACAGUUCCUGUACGAUCAGUUGUUGCAUCUGGGCUGCGGCAUGUUUAUUUCGAUCGCGGCCUCGAAAUUCGAUUACCUUGGACGGCAACCGGACUUGGUCUGUGCAAUGACGCCGUACCAGCUCAAGUACGCCUGCACGAGCCCGACGGACCAUUUGACAGAGGUCGGAGUGUUCAUUGCGCUUGGAGUGUGCUUUGCAGGGAUCUCGGUUGGAUCUAUGACGUUCGGUGGCGAGAAGCUGGUAUACUGGCGCGAGAAAUCGUCGGGUCUGCUCACGCUCCCCUAUUACAUGGCGAAGGUUAUUGCGGACAUUCCGAGGAUUAUUCUUGCGGGGAUCAUGUUCUCGAUCUCACUGAUCGUGUUCUUCAAUGAGCGAUCGAACUACUUUUAUCUGCUGUUCGUAAUCAUCAUGUUGUACGCCGUCGCGUUUGCGAUGGGAUACUUGCUCUCGGCACUGAUUCCGGCGUCGAGGGUGGCCUUGGUCGGGACAGGGUUCACACUGGCUUGGGCGAUCGUGUUCUCGGGCGAUGCACCAGACCUAGCGGAUGUAAUGAAGGAUGAUGCCUCGGGCGGGUAUAAGGCGACGUCGUGGAUUUGGGUGAUUUCGGCGCCGAGAUACGCGAUCGAGGCGAUUUAUUUGAGAGAAGUGCAGGCACGCCCGUGGGCGGAGAUCAGGGAUGCACCGUUGGCGCACACGUAUGAGCUGGGGCAAUUUGCGUGGUGCUUCCAGGCGAUGGCGUGGAUUCUUUUGGGGUGGCAUGUGCUCGCGUUUAUUAGCUUUAAGAUGAAGGAUCGGUCCAAGCAGCGUUAGAAGUUGGAGGAGAAGUUUAGCAUCAGAUAUACAUUUAAUACCAUCAAGGAGGCACGAUAGUGGCAGCUAAUAAUAAUAAUAAUGCAGCAAAUGCAGGCUGUCUUUUGAGGAUUGUCAUG